CGCGCUUCCUGCCGGAGGCGGAGCUUCCCGAGUGCGCCCGGCUGGCCUACGGGGCGGACAGCCGCGAGGACACGCAGCCCGAGGAGAUCGCCGACCGCGAGCUGGCCGAGGCGCUGCAGAGAUCCGUGCAGGAGAGCGAGCAGCAGUGAUGCAUGUGGACAGACAGCUGGAGAGGGGGCCGCCGAGCAGAUACUGAAGAUGGACAAACUACCUCAUCACCAGUCCAACCGUGCCCUCUAUCCCCCCCUUCUGACAAAACCUCCCUCCUGUCCUCCCCUUCCCCCGGCCACACCCAGAACCCCGCCCUGGACAGGUCUCAGUCUGCCCCCGCCUCUCUGCUCCCCCACCCGCCACAGGGGGCGUCUGCUUCAGGGUCCAGCCAAAGCCAUCCUCCCUUCCGCGGUCUCCCCGGACCUGCACCACCGGUCCCAGCGACCCCGGAGACCCCAGAACCAGAGGCCCCGCCCCAGGCCCCUCCUCCUCCCACAGCAGGCCCCUCCCCCCUCCCCCUACCCCUGCCCCCUCCCGCCUCCCUGGACCUCCCCAUAUCCGCUCCAAAGGUUUCUAUGAAUACGGAAGACGCCGAAAGUCUGGCUCCCACAGCCAUGGAAGUGGGGGCGGCGGGCGGGGGGGGAGGAACGGGUUCUCCCGCGCUCCCGUGUCCCUCCCCCCCUGAGCCCCCCACGCUGCAGACGGGGCGGGAGCUGCAGGAGACGCAGUCGACCGAUGCCAAAAACACUCACGCGUGCGUUUCGGGAGCGCAGGACGAGCAGGAGGAGGAGGAGGAGGGGCGCGGGGUGGAGAUGGACGCCGCUUGCGGUGAGCGCCCCUGCUCGGCUCCCCGCGACCCUAAACUGGAACCCGGCCUCGGUCUCCACGGGGGGGACCUCGCUUCCCAGCCCCGCCGCGAUUCCGGCCCCUCCUCCCACCUGGCCAUGGACACGCCCCUCGAGGCCCAGGCCACUCCCCCAGUGGAGAGAGACCAGCCCGAAGGGGAGCAGCAGCCAAACUUUGACACCAUCCCCUCCCUGGCCGCCGCCCUGAAGGAGCUGCACCAGCUGCUGGUGGCUAACAAACACAUGCUGUCCCAGGAAAGGAGCCCCACCCCCUCCCCGUCCCCCUCCCCCGCCUGCCGGGAAGACGCCGACGGGGUGGACGACGGUCCCGCCGCGCGGUCUCAACCCGCUGCGCUGGACUGCGCCCGGGCGCCAGCCGCCGCUGCCGAAACGGGCGCUGCCGGACUCGAGAGCGCCCCCGUGCCUCUCCCGGCCCGUCCGGCCGGCUCCCGGUCCUCCUCCAGCUACGCGGGGAGCCCAGGGGGAGGGGAGGCGGAGGCCAUGGACGGGGAGAAGGCGUGUGGGGACAGCGAGGCGGGCGGAGAGCAGAUGGAGGACGUGGAGCGGAGGGCUGGGUCGGAGCCGGAGGUGAGCGCCCCACCUCAGCAGGACCUGGAGCUCCGGGAGCCCCCCGAGGGCCAGCUGGGGCGGGGCGUGGCGGAUGGGCGAGCCGUCGGCCCCAACGCCCCCGACCCCCUGCCCUCUCCGAUGGAGGUGGCUCCCCCAAACGCCCCGCCGGCGACCGCGGACCCCCCCCGCGCCGCCCCGGCAAUGCCUGACGAAGACCCCCGCGUACCGCCGAACGUCUCCCGCCCUCUUCCUCCCUCCUCCUCCUCGGCGGCCCCUCCCCCGCGCGCUCCGAGCGAUCGCUUCCCCGCGGCGCACAUCCAGAAGAUCCAGGCGGCCGGUUUCUCUGCCUCAGAGGCGGCCGAGGCUCUGGAGCAGGUCCAGGGCCACGUAGAACUGGCGCUCCUCAUGCUGCUGGCCCGCAAGAUCACUGUGCCCUCCUAGACACCCACCCUCCGCAGGGUACCCAGCCGGAGCCAGGGCCCCGGCCUUUCACCCCCCCAACCUCUGUCUGCCCUCCCAUUGGCCUGUCAAGAGGAAAGUGCAGGCUCCUGGACUUUAUCGGGGACAAUAUGCGUGAUAGAAGUUCAAAAAAAAUUAUAAUAAUAAAUAAAAAUAAGUAAGAAUCUGGGGACGUGAUGUUCUUUCAUCGGCACGCCAGACGAUGUUGGUGCGUUCUGAAAAGUGCAUGAGCGUUUGCUGGCUCCGCAGCAGGCAGGUGUUUUAGGGUGGCAUGCUUUUUGGGGCGUGGGGUCGGGCAUGUCUUUGAGUUUUCCCCCUUUCUUUUACUUUUUGUUUUCUUCUCGUCACAAUACAAUGCUUGACGGCCAUCUUUAAUUCUCGUACAGAUUUGGGUUUUUAAAAGAGGAGCUAUGAAUCUUCUUGGACCUUGGGCUUAGGAAAAGACCAUUGCGGAUUGCCGAGCGCCAUUUUGUAGAGAGAAAAUGGAAGCUUGGGCUUUUAAUUGCACCUUGGGUUUUCUGAAAAUCUCACUAGUUUACCUUACAGUUAAUGUACAAUCUAUAUCUAAUUGGGAUGAGAUAUUAGUUUGUUUUUUCAGAAAUAAAAAGGCAGUUUUUUCAGAUUGAAGCAUCAGGAAAGUGUCUGGUUUGUGAACAAACACCACAGCAAAUGGGCCCGUAAGGGUCUAGUUUAUGAUUCCUCGGUAGAGCCAACCGAGCAUUUUCCUGUGGGUUUGUUUUUCUCAUAGAACCAAAAGGUGCCUUUUUACACUGAAAGAGUGCGGCAGCACUGGCCUGCACAAACAGGCCUUGACACAGGGCCGGGAGCGUGUGUCUCCCUGUCACAGUAAUACUUCUGUUCUGUGUAGAUUUCUCAAGUUCACUCCUCUUGUGAGCGGGGAAGAGAGGAGUAACACAGUUACAGGUGGCCUGACUGGCCGGUGGUCCUGGUAAAAUUGUGCCACUGUGUCAGCUUAAAAGGACCACUGAGGUAAAAAUUUCAACACAAAGGGGGUUUGAAGGUUUGGACUCGAUGGGAAGUAGUCUAUGGGAAUUCUCGCAUUCUCUGUCCUGACCACAUCCGCUUGCCUGCUGACCCCUAACAUGCACUAUUUUUUAACAUGAAGUGUUAAGGUUCAUAAGAACUGAGUUCAGUUUUAUUUGGAGUGGGAAAGGCACAGUUAGGGAUUAACACAGGGGUUUCUUUUGAAGGAGUUGAUAAGCACUCUAAUUAAUAAUAAAAAAAGCUCAGAGAACACGGUGGAGAGUGCUUGUGCUACAGGCAGGACUGAGGGGUAAUUGUGCAGAGGGGUUCCUACCCUUAAUUUUUUAAACUUUUUUUUGACAGAAGUAAGUCCUGUCAACUUAUGUGCUCGUAAAUUCAUCUAUUCAUGUAUUCAUGUAUUCAUUCAUUCAUUAAGUCAAUCAGCCAAUCAGCCACUCUUUAUUCAAUAGUUGUCAAUCCUGGAGAACUUGAGGAAAGUUGUGCUGUGAAAUGCAGAGUGAAGUGUGCAUUGAUUUUUUUUAUGAUUAUUAUUAUUUUUUUUAAUGCAGCUGUGUUCUUAUUGUCUGUAAAAUGCGAACGUAAGCCUGCUUGGGGUUGGUAUUACAGGAUGCGAGGCAGCAUUCAGGAAUGGCAGCGUGUGUGAAGUGCAUGGAAAGUUCUAGAGAGCAAGUCUGACCUCUGCAGCAUACGUAUUGCAGGGGGGGGCCAGACUAAUAUCAACUCCCCACCUCCCAACCCCCCCCCCCCCCCCCCCCCGGUUUUAAUCGGGUGUUCACUUUUCCCGGGGACGUGGGUAGCUUGUGCUCAGCCAGGAUUUUUACCUCAAUUCAGGGUUUUUCUGCGUUAACUGUGCCCCUGUCUUUCAACCUUUAGCUUUUGAAGUCCGUCUUUAAUCUCUUCCCUCAGUCUAGCUCCCUUAUCCAGCUGUCAAAAGUAUUCAUUCAUUCUGUCGAUUAGUCAACUAGAUUAUUUUGAAUUCUGAUUUAUUAUUAUUAUUAUUAUUAUUAUUAUUAUUAUUAUUAUUAUUAUUAAUAUUUUAUUUUUUUUAGAACUUGGUUCUGUACCAACAACAUUCAGGCCAUUUAAAUUCACUUUGAUCUUGUAUACAUGAGUAAAACAUACAAAUAAAGAAACUGGUUCUUUAUAUUUUA